UCGCUGGUCAACAAGCCAGCUAACUUUAGCCGUGUCCGUUGACUGGUCAGGGCCUCUCGUGACCGACGCUCCGGGGGAUUCCAGGGCCAUGGACUUCCCGGGCCACUUCGAGCAGAUCUUUCAGCAGCUCAACUACCAGCGCGUCCACGGUCAGCUGUGCGACUGCGCCAUCGUGGUGGGCAGCAGACACUUCAAGGCCCACCGCUCGGUGCUGGCCGCCUGCAGCACGCACUUCCGCGCCCUGUUCACGGUCGCGGAGGGAGAUUCGAGCAUGAACAUGAUCCAGCUGGACAGCGAGGUGGUGACCGCUGAGGCCUUCGCCGCCUUAGUGGACAUGAUGUACACCUCAACGCUGAUGCUGGGGGAGAGCAACGUGAUGGAUAUCCUCCUCGCGGCCUCACAUCUGCACUUCAACAAUGUAGUCAAGGCCUGCAAACACUACCUGACCACAUGCACCCUGCCCAUGUCCCCCUUGUCUGACAGACCCGCCGCCCACCACCACCACCUCCCCCCGCAGCAGGAGCAGCAGAGGCACAGGCAGCCGCAACAGCAGGUCGCCGAUUCAGCGGCGAACCCCGCUCAUGCAGCCAGCGCGAACCUCGCAGCGAAUGCCGCCGCGUCCACGCUGCAGCGCUCCUUCCUGCUGCAGCAGCUGGGGCUCAGCCUGGUGAGCUCGGCUCUGGGCGGGUUGGAGGAGGAUGGCGUCGGGAGCGCGGCCGGUGGUCGGGUGGCGGAACAGAGAGCCUCCUUCCCGAUCCGACGUCUCCAAAAACGCAAGCCCUCUCUUUCCCUGGGCCUGUCGGAGGAGAGGCCCCGGCAGAGGCAGCGGCCCUCCGGCCCGGGCCCGGGCCCGCUGGGAGACGAAGGGGUGGAGCGGGAGGAGGGAGCGCUGCUCUCCCCAGACUCCCGCAAAAUGGGCGACGAAUCCAAACAGGACGGCGCCAUUGCCGGCCUGCUAGGGGCGCCCCAGGAUGACCCUCAGAUGCCCAGCCAGUCGGACAGCGGACACUGCGUCGGGGGGGACUCGGGGAGAAUGCUGAGCGGCGUGAGGAAAGAGGAGGACAUGGAGGAGCAGGACCGCCCGCUCAACAGAGCUGGGUUGAAGAUCAAAUCAGGGGCGGAGGAGGCAGAAGAACAGGAACAGAGGGUGGUGGUUAAACGAGAGCCGCUGACCUCGCCGGAACCAGCGGACGAAAUCGGCGACGUGACAACGCAGGCCGGGCCCGGCGGCCAGGAGGAGAAGGCGGAGCUUAGCCCAGAGAGCAGCGAACGCAGCUUCACCUCGGAGCCCCAGCCGAGCUCCGACUGCCUGCUCCCGCCCGGCUCCCAGCUGCUCCUCAAGAGCAGCGUUGCUGGGGGAGGCUACGGCUGUAACGGCGGGCUGGGUGGCAAACCCGGUUUCAGCAUCUCCAGCUUUCUCAGCCCCAAGGAUUUCGGGAGUGGCGUGGCAGGGUUGGACGCUGGAGAAGACGACCUCCCCAACACGACAACCGGCGACGCCUUGGCGCACCACUUCCUGCUCAGGCAGGAAGCUGGUCGGCCGUCCGGCUCGGCUUCGUCCUCCCUUCUGCAGUCGGGUUCGCUCGGUGGCGAGAGUUGCAAUGGUUUCGUAGACAACCUUCAAGCUGAGUCUUUGUUCCUCCGCCCCCUGCACGACAGUUUGGGGAACCCCAGAGGAGGUGGCGGAAUUGGCAGCGGGCGGCGUGGAGGGGGAGAUCCCUUCGGUUUGGACUUCCAGCGCUCCAGUCUGGGCCUUCACUCCCUGGGGCGGGCAGGGGCGGCGACUGCCGCCGCCCUGGGAUACCCAGGUUACAGACGCAUCGCUCCGAAAACGAACGGCGGCGCGGGGGCGGACGACGGAGUGGUCGGGCUCCUCCAGGACGCCGCCUCGUCCUCCUCGAGCCUGGCGAGCCCCCUGCUGCUGAACGAGAGCGGUGGCUACGACAUGACCGGUGGCAGAACCGCCUCCCUCCCCCCGCAGCUGACCCGCGCCUCGGCGGACGUCCUGUCCAAGUGCAAGAAGGCGCUGUCGGAGCACAACGUCCUGGUGGUCGAGGGCGCUCGCAAGUACGCAUGCAAAAUCUGCUGCAAGACCUUCCUCACGCUGACCGACUGCAAGAAACACAUCCGGCACACGGGGGAGAAACCCUACGCUUGUCUCAAGUGUGGCAAGCGCUUCAGCCAGUCCUCCCAUCUGUACAAGCACUGCAAGACCACCUGCAUGCGCUGGCAGAACGGCAACAUGUCCAACGCCCUGCUGUAGGACCAGUGACGAGCUGGACGCAAAGUCCCCUUCACCACCAAACAUCCGGAGUCUUCUGAAGCUUGUGAUCAGCUGUUCCGUCCAGACGACAGACCAAAGAAAGGGACGAUAAUGUCAUCUUUUUCCUCCUGAGAAACCCACAUACUGCUGAGGUGGCAUCAGUAUUUGUGAACGUGUUUUCAUCGUAGUAGGACCACAGGGAUGCAACGGGGCCACGUGUGUCGCUCUGGAUUCAUGGUAGGGUAACCACAGCUAUGCGGCCUUUAUUCCCCGCAGGGUAUCCGACCGCUUCGGGCCAGUCAUGAGGUUUUUUUGUUUUGGCGCUGCCACACUGUUUUCUAUGUCGUCUUUAUUAACGGUGCGUAAAAUGUAGACCUGUUGAGGUGAUCCCUUUUCACGCUGCAUGUCUACAGUUUGUGUAAUUAACUUUGUACGUGUGAGAAAAGGCAUCUGUGCAAGCGCCAACACCAAGAACAAAUAUGUACAAAUGUUCCGCUCGACUGCACAUUUGUAAACCGUCGAGCGGCGGCGGCCCUCAGCCGAGCGUCCUCCUGCGUGUCGACCGUGCCUUGUUCUGUGCAAGUCGUACAGACGGAUGUGACGCCUGCGAGGAUUCAGAACCGCCGACGGCCGCGUGCUCCUUGGUGCUGUGGAACAAAAAGGCGAUCAAGAUUCAAGAUUCAAGAUUCAAGAUGUUUUAUUUGUCACAUACACACACAGGGUGUGCAGUGAAAUUCGAGUUCAACCAUCGUCUGGCAGGGCCCGCCCGGAUGUGGAAAGUCAAGAGCUGCUGCGAUCGCCGCCGCUGGAAAGGAGGUGUACUACAAGACCCGUGGAGAAUGGUGGGACGGAUAUUGUGGACAGUUCAACAACGUGAAAGAUGACAGAGAAUCUAGUGUAUUGUCGACUGGACAAAAUAAUUGUAUUCUUUUUUUACUACCGAAGUGAUGCAAUUAGAGGAGGAAAAAAAGCUGCAUUCACUGGGCCCUCCAUUUCUAGUCCUGCACCUUUUUUGAGACAAAUUAAUAAUGGCCAUUUACUCGCUGUAAAAUGCACCUUAUGUUGUGCGGGUUAUGUGGCACAAUUGUAAUUUGUAUUUUUUUCCAAUUGUAUCAAUUCUGACAUCUUCCCUCCUUAUUGGCGACUGAGUCCCCAAGAGUCUCAGCUGUGGUGGACGAGUGUCACAGACCCUCCACACGCGUGGGCCGAGAGUUCUUGUGUGUACAGCCUGUGUGUGUUUGUGUACUUAUUAAAAGGGUCAUGAAGUACUGAAGCAUUUGCUGAGGUUCAGCACGCGUUUAAAACUAAAAGAAAAAAAGGGCUUUAGAAAGGUAAACAGCGCAUUCAUAGUCCGGUUCGACUCCAAGAAAGAAACAUUGUGUGCGACUACUAGAAAUCUGCUUUAUACACAUGCGUCUUACACACCUUUUAGUGAAGCACUUCAACAAAUCAUUCUUUCCUUUACAAAAUGUAAAAAAAAUAACUGUUGUGCUGUGUGAAAACGCCGCAGUAUUGUAAUUAUCCAACCUCAACGGGAGAGGGGGGUUUUAAGCUGACGGUCGUUGCGGGGUGUUUUUUUGCGAGCAGGUGAUACGCAGACAUGCACUGAAGUCGGCGUCCAUGUCGUCGACUCGUUAAGGUGAACCGACAUGAGAAGGGAGAAAAGAACGCACACGUUUGCCUUUCUGUAGUCUUGUCUCGUGUCUCCUGCGCUGUCGGCCUCCGUUGCUCGUCCUGCACCUUAUUGCUCGUUGUUUUUGUCAUAACACUGUUACUGACCUCUUUUGUAUAUCUCUAGAAGGGGAGUCUCCUCGUCGGUGUGUGUCUCCCUGCAGCCAUAAGCCAACACACACACACACAGGUUUGACCUGGUGACCUUCACGCCGUGGAACCGGCGGUGAAGUCGUCAUCGUGCUCGUGAGCAAUGCAGAAGGAGAGUCCUCCCAACUGGAGGACCAUCACGGUGCUCUCUUCUAAAAGCUGUAAAUAAUUCACGUGAACCUCUGAAAAAUGCACUGGCUGUACUUCCUCACCCCCCUUCCUGUAUGAAAAUGCCAAAAUGUUCAAAUGCAUCCAGAAAAAUGUCUGGAUUAUGAAAGUCACUGCCUUACGCCCUGUAGCUUGAAAAGCUGGGCUUUUUGUUAAUAUGCCAAAUCUGGAGUGUUCCCGUGUGUUUCUGUAUACUUAACAUAAUGUAACAACAGGGCGACGACAUGUGUCUCUGCUGUUGAAGAUUGUACAGGAUGUUCAGUUGGUGUAUAGACUGAAUUAAAAACAAGGAAAUUCA